AUAGAUUAUAACAGCUAUAAUAUGAAUAUUUAUAUUUUAGAAAUAGCAACUUCCUCUCCUGCUACAUCUACAGUUAAUUCAACUAUUACUAGAACUAUAAACACAAAGCCAUCUACUAUUCCGACACCAGAAACUUCAUCUCCAAUCACAUCUACUAUUCCGACAAAAGAAGCUUCAUCUCCAAUAACAUCUGCUACUCCGACAAAAGAAGCUUCACCUCCAAUAACAUCUACUAUUCCGACAAAAGAAGCUUCACCUCCAAUCACAUCUACUAUUCCGACAAAAGAAGCUUCAUCUCCAAUCACAUCUACUAUUCUAACACAGGAAACUUCUACUCCAAUCACAUCUACAAUUACACAAACAUCAACUUGGAAAGAUACAAGCCCUGUACCAAAAUCCUCAACAUAUGCGUCAUCGUCAUCACCUCGGGAUAUUUUCACUAUCACUAGUGAUGUCACAAAUUUAACGGAUCAUACAACGAUUACGUAUAAACCUACAAACAUCACUGAUGAUUCUAACUAUUCUUCAUCUUCAUCAGACAUUUCUGAUUUUACUGAUUACACAAAUUUGACUGAUCAUACAACCAUUACGUAUGGACCAACGUACACCACUGAUGACUCCAACCAUUCUUCAUCGUCAUUCAAACCAUUUGAAUCUACUCCACAUGGUUCAUCAUCAGUAACAGGCUUUGAAUCGUCUACUUCAUCUAUGUUCAUUUCUUCUCAAUCAACGUCAAGUUCUCAGGCAACAUCGGAGACAAGUUUCUCUUCAACAACUCAAAAGUACAAACUAUGUAAGAAAAACAACUGCAAAAAUCUUGGAGUCUGUGUGAUGGAAGAUGAAAAGGAAAGAUGUAUAUGUAAAUAUCCAUUUGGUGGACCCGACUGCGGAGAUAGUUAUUGGUGCUCCGAAGGAUUUGGAAAAUCCGAGUGCCAAGCUGGAAAAUGCCGAUUUGAUUUCAAAACAAGAAUCGGAUAUUGUGACUGCUCAACAGAUCAAUAUUACAAUUAUGAAACGAAGCAAUGUGAAAGUAAGGAUUUGUCUGCAAUUUCAACAACGUUUAACUUGUUUUAUUAUUUCAGUUUUUAAGUUAAUA